AUGGAUUCUCGAGGACUCAGUGGGCGACGCGGCGUGGGUGGGUCGCCACAUGCCGCCAACGCGUCGCAGGCGACGGCUCUGCGACCCAGCAGCGGGUCGCCUGCGAGGUCCGCUUCGCCCUCCCGAAGCGGUGUCAGCAGCGCAAUUCCCGGAGCCAGCUUAGUCACGUCGUCCACGUCAGCGUCCGGCGAUCCGCGGAGAGGCGGAAGUGGCGGAGGCGGAAGCGGAAGCUCGUCCCCCGUCCUCCGCCACGCCUCGCGCGGGCCCUCGUUUAAGUCACAGCAGCCGCGCCGCGAUUCGCGCCGCAAUCCGCUCCUGCAAUUCGGCCUCCAGUGCCUGACCACAUCCGCCGCCAUUCUUCUCUUCGCGUUACUGUUCACAGCCGACGCGAUUAUAUCUUCAAUUUUAUCCUCCCCCAGAUCUACCUCCCCCGGCUCGUCCUCCCUCUCAAUCGUCUCCGAUCCCUUCGGCUCUGUCCACGUGGCAGUAGGGGAUGGGUCAGGCUCCAGGCGACGAGCCGCGGAGUACGAAAAAGAGGCCUACCAGAACCUUGCCGGCUCUGGCGGCGGAAAAGGCGGGAACGGGGAAGGCGGUUCCAGCGCAGCGGCGCGGGGAAGCGCGGAGAAGCAGGCGGGGAGCGCAGGGGGGGGAGUUGCGGAGGCGGGAGGGCGCGCGGGGGUGCGGUGGCGCGCGGAGAGGCUGCGCGUGCAGUGGUCGGGUCCGCCCAUGGGGGAGGAGGUGCAGCAGCGCGUGGCUGCGGCAACGGCGGUGGUGGCGGAUGAGCGGAAGAGGCUCAACGCACAGCCGUUCCAGCUGCACAUUCUGGUGAGGGCGGAGUGCGACAGCAAGGGGCUGAAGGCGCUGCUGCAGUCACUGCAGGACGUGAAGUAUGGCGAGGACGAGGUGCAGCUCACUGUUGCCACCACGUGUAGCGCUGCUGCUAGAAGCGCACAGGAGUUCCCCUGGUUCCACGGCCCAAGGCGCGUAAUCGAGCUAUCAGGCAACAGCGCCAAGCCCACCGACCCGCUGCCCCUCUGGUUCCCCGCCUCCCCCCGCGAGUUCCUCCUCCUCCUCGACCCCUCCUCCCGCGUCUCCCCCGGCCUCUACCCCGUGCUUAAAGCCCUCGCCCUUGCGCCCGCCGCUGCUGGCAACCCUGCUGCUUUCACAGUUGAGGCGAGCGUUGGGGGGUUCUAUGGGGGCUAUGGGGGAGAGGGUGGGGGGGAGGGGGCAGGGGAGAAGGAAGGCCGGGAGGGAAGCAGCAGCAGCCGCAGCAGCAGUGCUGGGGACAGUAACGGAGGGGGGGACAGUAACGGAGGGGCAGCAGGAGGGGCAGCAGGAGGAGGGGUAGGAGCGGCAGGGGGAGAAGCAGGGGUGGGGGUGCUGUCGUUGGCCAUGACUCGCACGUGCCAGGUGGUGUUUCCUCAGCCGUGGCGGCAGUUCUGGGCGUGGCACGCGCUGUCUCAGGCCCAGCAGGUCAACUCCGCGCACCUCAAGUUCGAUUGGGAUGCAUAUGACUUCAGUGCCCCGUGCAGAGAAGACUGGAGAGUCAGCUUUCUCACCUACGUGGAGGAGAACGACCUCUAUAACCUUAUGCUGCGCACACUCGACCCUCAGGAGGACCUGAGCAGCAACACUCGUCUCUGCUAUUCAAUCGACUCCCAACCCCCUCUCGCCUACCCCACCGCCACCCCCACCCUCCUCCCGCUCCCCUCUGCGCUCCGCCUCUCCUCCUCCCUCUCCCUCCACCUCACCACGUCCCCGCGCUCCCUCGCGCCACUGCCCCGGGUGGACCAUUGUGGGAGGGAGGUGCCGCGGGGGGAGGUGGCGUGGAGUGCAGGCGAGCUGAGAGGGCUGCUGCAGCGCAUAGCGCGGCACUCUGCCGUGGCUGGGGUGAUGGUUUCACCAGGAUAUGAUGACAUGCUCAACAACUGGGUGUGCUAUGUCAAGCUGAGAGGGCUGCUGCAGCGCAUUGCGCGGCACUCUGCUGUGGCGGGAGUCAUGGUGUCGCCGGGAUAUGAUGACAUGCUCAACAACUGGGUGUGCUAUGUCAAGGUGGGUGGUGGGUGUGCAAGAGUAGUCCCGUGUUACGCCAGGAUACAGUGCAUUGCGUGCCACCCUGUGGUGGCGUGGAGUGCGGGCGAGCUGAGGGGGCUGCUGCAGCGCAUUGCCAGGCACUCUGCCAUGGCGGGAGUCAUGGUGUCGCCGGGCUAUGAUGACAUGCUCAACAACUGGGUCUGCUAUGUCAAGGUGGGUCUGCUAUGUCAAGGUGGGUCUGGACCCCCUCUCCUCUCCCUCUCCACUCCACCUCCCCCCGCUCCCUCGCCCCGCUGCCCCGUGUGGAGUGCGGGCGAGCUGAGAGGGCUGCUGCAGCGCAUUGCCAGGCGCUCCGCUGUGGCUGGGGUAAUGGUGUUGCUGGGCUAUGAUGACAUGCUCAACAACUGGGUGUGCUACGUCAAGCGCUUACUUCCCUCUCGUCCCAAUCCUCCCACCUCCUUGCAAGAGCUUCAAAUCCUGGGUGGGAGGUGCAGAAGGAGGGGUGACGCCGGUGAUGAUCACAACAACUACAUCAUCUCAAAGGGGAACAAGACGAGACGGUUUCUGAUUAAGGGCAUGUGGCGGGUGGACCACCGAGGCCAAGCGUGCAAGUGCCUGGCUCUCUCCUGCACGCGCCCCAAGGACCCUUGGUCGCUUACCAGCAACCCCACCCUGCCUGCUGCGCUGAGGGCCACCGCUGGGAUCAAGCCGCAAUCGCUGCCAAAGCGUAGGCGAGGAGGAGGCAGCAAGCAGAAGAACCAAGGAGGGCCUGUUGCUGCCACCAACUCUUCUUUUUCUGCUGCUGCUGGUGCUGCUGGUGGUGCUGGUGGUGCUGGUGCUGGUGCUGGUGCUGGUGGUAAGGCUGGUGGUGCUGCUGGUGCUGCCGGGAGGGCAGCAAAGCUAGUGGGAAGCCUGUUGAGGAGCGUGGUUGGCAGUGGAAGGAAGGAUGAGGAGACGAAAGGUGAUGAUCACAAGAGAGGGGCAGCAAAGGGAGCGGGGUUGAGGGAUGGUGAAGCAGCGGGGUUGAAGGAGGGAGCAGCAAAACCAGUGGGAACAGAAGCGCAAACGGGGAAGAAGAUGGAGCUUCAGCAGCAGCAGAAAUUGACAGGGAGAGGGAGAGGGGCAGGGGCAGGGAGAGGGAGAGGGACAGGGGCAGGGAGAGGAGGGACUACUGCUAGAGGUUCUAAGAGUAGUGAUGUGGCUGCAGCCGCUGCUGCUGAUGCUGCUGCUGAUGCGGCAGCAGCCGCUGCUCUUUCUGCUGCUGGCAAGGUGGCACAGGGAAGGGAGCAGCUCAAGACAGCACAGGGAAAGGAAUCAAAGACAAAGGCUACAAUAGGAAAAGGCCAGGAGUCAGGACCAAACAGGGGCAAAGGGAAGAUGGCAGCAGCAGCAGAGGCAGGGGCAGCAGGAGGGAGAAAAACAGCAGCGGUUGGUGGGAGGGGGGCAGCUACGGGUGUGAAAGGGAGGGGUGGUGUUGUGAGGCCUGGCCAGGUGAAGGGGAUUGAGAGUAAGGUGAUUCAGAAGGGCAGGCAGAGGCUGCAACAAGUAGCAAAGAGAGGAGGGAAGGGUGCGCAGCGGGUGAAGCGUUAG